AUGGAAGGUUGUCCUAAAGAAAUAUUUGGCAGCGGGAAGAAGUCUUUCAUCAUUUUAGACAAUAUGGAAGUGGGAUUUUGUUCCAUUGUCCUCACCUUGAAGGCACUUAGAGGACUCGGUUAUACAGAUCUUAAUAAGCUGGAUGAGAUGCUUGUGGACGUUGGUCACACAGAGGUACUAGCUUUGCUGGAAUGCUUAUUCUCUUCGGAUACUCCUUUGAUGGAUGUGUUCUUGAUGAAACGGAGCUCAUGUAUUAUUACAAGGACACAUAACAUGCCAAACCUAGCUGUGCCAGCUUGUGGUAAAACAAAACCAAAUGAGCUACCAUCAGUCACUGUAUUUGUUAGGAAGCAGGACAAGAAGGUUCUUUAUGCCGAAAGCGGGCAAGAAUUUGUGGAUUUACUACUCAUUUUCCUGGCUGUCCCUUUGGAGUCAUUAUGGAAAAUAUCCGGAGCCAAUAUUAAACUGGGAUGCAUUGGCACCUUUUAUAAAAGCAUGAAGAGUUUGAGCUCUAGCGAAGGCACAACAAGUGUAUUGACUUGCACAUCUAUGCUUCCUAUGAACUAUAAUUUCCAGGCACCGCGGCUUGAUGUCUGUCGCAAAGAUUAUAGUGUGUGGACAGUGCUAGUAAACUCCCGGAGCUAUGCUUUGAAACUGAUGUAUCCAAACUAUGAUAGAAGUACAGAAUCAACAGUUCAUGGUAGCAGUGGGUUUGUAAGGAGAGGGACAACGUACAUGAUUUCAGAUGAUCUUACCAUCUCUCCUACUAACUCGUGUUCAACUAUUCGCAUACUGAAGAAGUUGAAUGUGGGCUUGGAUGAGAUUGAGGAGCAUGUAAUCAACAUUAGCAACACAGAGGUAUGA